GUACUAUGUCUAUAUAUUAAUUAUAGUAAGUUGUUGGUUGAAUUACUAGUUUGCAUCAUUUUGGAAAUUGUCAAAAACGAUGGAACUAAAACAAAUGAUUUUGCUUUCUUACCAAAUUGCUUGUUUCUACGUUUGUGUGCUAAUACUAACAUUAGCCACAGCCCAAAACACAACUAAAGGUGCCAAUGUCAUAAAACCAGGAUGCACUAACCAGUGUGGAAACGUUACGGUUCCAUACCCAUUCGGUAUUGGCUCAGGCUGUGCUUUUGAUUCGGGGUUUGAGAUCCACUGCAACAAUUCUGAGAAACCCCUCAUAGGAAACCAUCUGACGGUGUAUGACAUCUCGGAUGCUGAAUUGCGCAUCUCCAAUGUCUUCGGUUGGAGAUGUUACAACUCCACUGGAGCUGUGAUCAAUGAGGAUAUGGUAUCCAGAAAUUUUUUGGAAUCAAGUCCGUAUAGUUUCUCUGCGCUGAACAGGUUUAUUGUAGUUGGUUGCGAUGACUACGGUGCAAUCUCGGGGCCUAACAACUUUGAGUAUGGCUGCAGUGUCAGCUGUACAAGCAGAGAGGAUGUGAUGAAAGGAGGAGAGUGUAUGGGAAAAGGCUGCUGCCAGAAACAGAUACCCAAGGGCUUGAAAUACUAUAGCACAACCAUGUCUAGCACUAGAAACCAUACCGACGUUUGGUCCUUUAAUUCAUGUGGCUAUGCAUUUCUGGGCGAGGCAGAUCGCUUUCAUUUCCAGGGCUUGCCAGAUCUAGGUGAUGAUCUAACUGUUGAUUAUUUUUAUGAGAGGUUAAAGGCCACUGUGCCCAUUGUCCUGGAAUGGGCCAUCGGUAAUCUUAGUUGUGUGCAAGCUCUGGAAAGACUAGACGAUUAUGCUUGUAGAGAAAAUAGCCACUGUGUUGAUUCAGAUACUGGUGUUGGUGGCUACCGCUGCAGCUGUAAUACAGGCUAUCAUGGCAAUCCUUAUCUCAAUCAAGGCUGCCAAGAUAUUGAUGAAUGUGCUGAUCCAAGCACCAAUUCGUAG